AUGCCGGAAGAGAUUACUCAACGCUUAAGUAAAUUGAGAAUAAAAGCAGCUUAUAGAUAUAACAUAACACCGGAAAAAUGUCACAUUGGACAUCUUGUGUUAGAAGGCAUGCUGGAGCAACCUACUGUAGUGUGCCAAAUUGAUGCGGCAACAAACGCCCAAGAAAGUAAUUUAUCAGUGGCAACGAGAAGCAUGCGGCUAGCGAGUGCUAUGAGGAAGUUUGGUCUAAGUCCAGGAGACCCCGUUGUCAUCUCCGGACCCAACCACCUGGACCUCACCAUCCCCUUUUACUCCUGCCACCUUAUGGGUUACUCAUCGUGCACCAUUGACCCAAGUGUUAUUUUAUCUGAUCUGAAAUAUUUAUUCACGAUCAUAAAGCCUAAGUUAAUAGUAUGCCAAAAGGACUGUGUUGAUAAGUACAGAGAAGCUCUAGAGGUCAAUUCACUUCAAUCACGCAUUAUCACUUUUGACGACAAAAGUAAUGAUAUGGAGACCUUUAUUCGCGAAUAUAAUGGCACUGAAUUUCGUUUUGAGCCUGCUACAGAUUUCAAUCCGUCAAAAACUAUAGCAUGGAUGAUGCUGACCAGUGGUACUACAGGGUUACCAAAAGUCGCGCUUAUACCAUACGACACAUUAUUAAAUGGAAUCCAAGAGUGGUGGCUUUUAUCAGGAUCAGACGUGAUCGCCAUGACUAUGGUGUUGACGUCGACGCAGUGGGUGUCCUCACUCAUCUUCUUCAUAUCGACUGCCAUCAGACCCUAUACCAGGCUCCAGUGCUCACAGCCAGUCACUCCGCAACUUAUGGUGCACAUGAUCAAUACUUACAAGCCACAUGCGACUGGGUGGACUCCAUAUAUAAUGUGGCGUUUUAUUCAGGCUGGUUCUAAGGUUGUCGACUUAUCGUGUUUCAAGCAUAUUCUCGUCAGUGGAGCCCCUGUGGAGAAACACAUCAUAGAGCAAUUUCAAAAAGUUUGUAACGCUCGUUUGCACUUAUGUUACGGAAUGACGGAGCUUCUGGUGGUAAUAUUUAAAUAUGAUAUGGAUACGACCCCGUUCGGAUCAGCAGGCAAAACUAUGAGUCAAUAUAAAUACAGACUCAUCGAUGACCAGGGUGAUGAUGUAACAGAGCCCAACAAAAGCGGUGAAUUGUGGGUCAAAGGAGACGCGUUCUUCCAGGGAUAUCUAAACAAUAAGGAAGAGACGAAGACAAUGCUGACUGACGACGGGUGGCUCAAGACUGGAGACAUCUUCUACAGAGACGAGAAUGACUACUACUACUUCGUAGAGAGGAAACGACUUCUGAUCAGAUACCUCACAUACUGGGUUGAUAAUAUUUUCUACUACAUCAUACUAAUACAAUCUGUGGUCUCACCUUUGCAACUGGAGCAAGUAAUCAAGCAACAUCCGUGUGUGUCGGACGCAUGUGUCGUGGGUCUGCCAAACCCACAAACAAUAGAGUAUCCAGUCGCCGCCAUAUUGAAGAAAAAUGGAAAUACUGUCGACCCACAGGCAAUCUUCGACUUAGUCAAACGUGAAUUGCCAGAAGUUAAGCAUCUACACGGAGGGUUGUUCUUCGUAGAGGGAUUCCCGAUGACGCCAUCAGGGAAGGUGCACCGGACUAAAAUUAAGGAGAUGGCGCAAGCAGCAGAAAGAGUGUUUUCUAAGUGA